AUGUCCUACAAGUCACAGCUAGACACGUUUGUGUCGAGGCUCAACGACAACGAUGACUAUAAGGAGAAACACUCCAUCUUAAGAGAGUUGUUGGACAUGAUAGAGACUUUCAAUGGUGCUGCAGAAUACGAAUACUUUUUAUCAAACUUGAUUCCAAUCUUCUUGAAUUAUUUGAAAGAGGUACCUAUAGUGUUUACAUCCCAAGCACCAGAGCAGAAGCUUCGUAAUUCGGUUCUCGAGAUCAUACACAGAUCAAUUAUGAACGAAACUUUUCAACCUUACUCAGAACAAAUCCUAGACACGUUAACCACCAUUUUGGUUGAUGAAAAUGAAGACAAUGGUGUUUUAUGUAUGAAAAUUAUCACUAGUUUGCACAAGGCAUACAAAGCAAACUUGGGAGAAAAAGCCCAAGGCUUCAUAGAUGUGAUUUCCAAUAUCUAUGACAACAUGCCGGAGACGGUGUCAAAUGUGUUCAGUUCCAACGCUUCAAGCACACCUUCUCAAGAUGUCGACACCAAAGAACUGUCACCUACGUCAUUUGGCGAGGAAAACACCUCUAAAACAUUGAAUAACGCUAUGCAUUCCUUCAAGACGUUGGCGGAAUGCCCCAUUACCAUGGUUUCAUUAUACUCAUCCUAUAAGAAUUUGGUUCAGACUUCGUUGGGUGUUUUCUUACCCAAAAUCGUGAACCUUUUAAACUUGCAAGUGGAAGAGCAAAAGAAUUAUAGAGAAAGCCCAGAGAACGAAAACAAGGUGGUGACGUCGAUUUCUCCAGAUAUCACGAACAGACAGGCCUACAGUGAUUUCAUUUUGGGACAAGUCAAAGCUGCCUCUUUCUUGGCCUAUGUGUUUAUAAGAGGAUAUGCCAACCAACACUUAUCACCAGAACAGGCCAAAGUUGUUCCUGAUGUGAUUUUGAGAUUAUUGCAAGACUGUCCGGCCGAGUUAUCUGUUGCCAGAAAAGAACUUUUACAUGCUACAAGACACAUUUUGUCUACACCUUUCAGGUCUCAAUUCAUUCCCAAGAUUGAGCUUUUGUUCGAUGAGAAAAUCUUAAUCGGUGAAGGCUUGACUGCAUACGAAACUUUACGACCAUUGGCUUAUUCUACGGUGGCAGACUUCAUUCACAACGUCAGAAAUGAAUUGACUCCUAAGCAAAUCUGGCUCACAGUGUCGAUUUACUGUGACUUGUUGAAGGAUGACAGUUUGGCCUUAACGGUUCAAAUCAUGAGUGCCAAGUUACUUUUGAACUUGGUGGAACGAAUCAUGAAAAUGCCAAACAAAGGGGAAGGUCGUCAGUUGUUCAUGAUUAUAAUUGAUUCUUAUGCCAAAAGAUUCCACAGUUUGGACAGAAAAUAUGACUAUAUUAUGAGGGUUCACAAAGAAUUUGAAAAGAAUAAAGCAACGAAGGAACAAGAGUCAAAAAAGGCCGUUUCUAGAUAUUCAUCCAAGAAGUCUUUGGGUCUUGAAGCUCCUAUAAAGGACAUUAAAUUCUUGAAGGAUGUGGAUUCUGCGCCCGUUGAAAAACCCAACGACGACGAUGAUAUUGUUAUGAGGGAUGCCAACGGAGACUUGAAUGGUGACGAUGAGAGAGAGCACGAUGGUGACACAAAGAUGGAUGAAGACCACGAAGAAAUCAUCGAUUUGUUCAACCUCGAGUCACUCUCUCCACUCAAUGCUUCAUCUACCGUUAAUUCAGAUAUGUUGAAGGAUGCUAGAUAUCUUUUCAGGACUUUGAUGACGUUUUUGAAGUCAGUAAUCUUUGGUUUGAAGAACUGUAAUCCACCUAUUCCCCCACAACCAACUGCUUCUGAUCCUAAGAAUGGUGGCCAAACUGUCAACUACGAUAAAUGGAAUGAGUCAGCGAAAAUCACCUCUUUUGAAGAAGUGAACAUCUUACGAGAAUUGUUCAGAAGUGGGAUUAGCUGUUUGAGAUUCUUCUCCAUCUCCAAACCCAAAGCCGCUCCUCAAACAAAAGCAUUUGACUUUUCAAGUGGAGGUCCUAACUUGCCCAUAACGUCUUCAAAAGAAGAAAAAGAUUUAAUGGAAAUCUUUGCCACGAUAUUCAUUCACAUUGACCCUGCAUCGUUCAAUGAAAUUGUUGGAGCCGAGUUGCCAUUUCUAUUCGAUUCAAUGUUGGACAAUGCAGCCUUGUUACAUUUGCCCCAAUUCUUUUUGGCUUCAGAAAUCACUUCCGCCAACUUUUCAGGUUUAUUGAUAUCGUUUUUGAGAUCCAAGUUGGGUGAGUUAGGCAAGUUGGAUUUGGUGAAGUCAAAUAUCUUGAUAAGACUCUUUAAAUUGUGUUUCAUGUCUGUGAAUUUGUUCCCAACGACCAAUGAAUCUGUCAUUUUACCUCACUUGAACCACCUUAUUUUGGAGUCCUUAAAGCUAUCUACCAAUGCAGAUGAACCAAUAGUGUACUCAUACUUGGUGAGAAUCUUGUUCAGAAGUAUCAGUGGAGGAAGAUUUGAAAGCUUAUACAAAGAAAUCAUGCCUAUCUUACCAGUUUUACUUGAGAGCUUGAACAAAAUGAUUACUAAUGCCCGUCGUCCAUAUGAGAGAGAUAUUUACGUCGAGUUGUGUUUGACGGUUCCUGUAAGACUUUCAGUGCUUGUUCCUCACUUGAAUUACUUGACAAGACCUUUGGUACACGCUUUGAAUGGUUCGCAGGAGUUAGUAAGUCAAGGUUUAAGAACUUUCGAGUUAUGUGUUGACAACUUGACUGCUGAAUACUUUGACCCAAUGAUUGAGCCUGUCACUGAUGAAAUCAUGACCGCUCUCUGGAAACACUUGGAGCCAGUUCCUUACCACCAUCAACACUCACAUACUGCUAUCAGGAUUCUUGGUAAAUUGGGAGGUAGAAACCAUAAGCAUUUUAAACCUUACAGCCGAUUACAAUCCCAAGAUGCUUUGAAUCACGAAGUCAAAGCUUUGUUCCUGAUCCAUGGGUUAGAUGGUGAAAUACCUGUAUCAAUCACCCCAGGUGUUGAAUCGGCAAUUAAGUUGUUGGAAGAUCAAAGAAUCAAGCUUCACUACAGGGUUAGCGCGUUCAAAUACUUGACUUCCAUUUGUAAAUUACUCAUCGAUUCCACACCAGUACCUGAAGAUUUACCAAGUUAUAUUUCCAAAUGUGUUCAAAUCUUGAAAGAAGAAAAAGUUGAGGACGAAAUUGAAUUGGAAGUCUCUGAUGUGAAAGAUGCUGGAAAAUUGGAUAUCCAACAAAAGCUCUUCAGCAAAUUGUUAGAAGUUCUCUUCUUCUCUAUGUCAGUCCCUGAAUUGAAAGAGGAAGCAGGCAAGCUCAUUGAUGGUAUCACAGUGCACUUCACUUUAACUUAUUUGAGGGUCUCCGUUGUGGAGAAGCUCAAGAAGGAAAGAUCUUUUUCAGUGAAGGACAAAGAAGGGAAAGUGUACAUUAGUGAGAAUGCAUUCCUCAACGCAUUGAACUACGCCUUAAGCUUCUGGGAUAAGGAAGUUAGAGAUAAAGGUGUUGAGACCAUCAAGACCAUUCACACUACGACUGUCGCAAUAUUCGGUUCCGAUGAAGACGCCUUGUUCUCGCCAUUUUUCAGAACCAUCUUCUACAGGUUUACUCAUUGUUGCUACAGCGAGUUUUACUACACGAAACUAGGAGGAGUUCUUGGUCUCAAGACCAUGGUAGAAGAGUUGACUAUUCCAAUUAGUUGGUUUUCCAAACGUCAAUUUGAAUUGGUUAGAUCCAUCUUCUUCAUCGCAAGAGACACUCCCGAUACUGCCCCUCGGAUUGUCAGAGAAUUAGCAGAGGGUUUGGUGUUGAGUAUUCUCCAUGACUGUAAUGUCGAUAUGACGAAAGAGACUUUGUUGGAGAAGCCAUUCCAAACUAUUGUGGGUGCUUUGGUGUAUGAUCUUGCUAGUGCCAACCCCCAUGUAAGACAGUUGUCUCAGAAGUCUUUGAAAGUAUUAUCUGAUACUACUUCUGUCCCAAUUGCUACAAUCAUUGGCCCUUGCAAACAGUUACUCUUAACACCUAUUUUUGGAAAGCCGUUGAGAGCCUUACCAUUCCCAAUGCAAAUUGGUAACAUUGAUGCAAUUACUUAUUGUUUGAGCCUUGAUGAAUCUUUCUUGACUUUCAACGAGGAGUUGAAUAGACAUCUUUUCGAGGCUUUGGUAUUGGUUGAUGCAGAAGAUGAAUCAUUGGCCAAUGUGCACCGAUUAUAUGAGCACAGAACGUCCAAACAAUUAAUUGAAUUGAGAGUGGUUUGUAUCCGAUUAUUAUCUCUUGCAUUGACCAGACCAGAUUUCUCUUUGAGUUCUGCUCCAGAAGCAAGAAUUAAGAUCUUGGGUGUUUUUUUCAAGGCACUUUGCAAUAAAUCUACUGAGAUCAUUAAUGCUGCCUACUUAGGGUUAAAAUCAAGUCUCCAAGGAAAUGCUAAGUUGCCUAAAGAUUUACUUCAGAAUGGUCUUCGUCCAAUGUUGAUGAACUUGUCUGACCACAAGAAAUUAACUGUAUGGGGCCUUGAAGCUCUUGCUAAACUUUUGGAAUUAUUGAUUUACUAUUUCAGAGUCGAAAUUGGCCGUAAAUUGUUGGACCAUUUGAUGGCAUGGGCCCAAAUAAACACCCUCAGACAUAUUUCAAGCCAGGAUCUCGAGAGUAAUCAUACAGUUAAGAUUGUGAUUGCCAUUUUGAAUAUUUUCCACCUUUUACCGGCUAAAGCAUUCACCUUCAUGGAAGAAAUCAUCAACACUCUUCAAUACUUGGAAGGACAUUUGGACCGUCACCUAAACUCACCAUUUAGACCCCCAGUUGCGAAGUUUUUGAAUAGAUUCUCAGAAAACACCGUUGAGUAUUUCAUCAAGAAUUACAAGAAUAGAAAGUUGGGCAAUAUGCUUGCUCACUUUGUUGGAUUGAGUGAGUGUUCAAAUAUCAGAGAAUUGAUGAAGGAGAAGUUCAGUGAAAUCACUGACGACUUGGAAUCUGAAACUGACUACGAAGUGAAAGUUAUCAAAUACGCGAAUACGGUAGAUCUAUUGGAGGCUAUGAGUGAGAAUGAUAAUGAGUGGUUCAAUGAACAGAAGGAUUUGACCUUGAAACUUUUCAAAAUGUCUCAAGAUGUAUUGAAUACCAAUGAAAAUCUGGCUUCAUCUGCAUAUUUCCAAUCCGAUCAAGCCAUUAGCAAGAUUCAACGCCUAAUAGUCCGUUUCAUGAAACAGAACCCCGCAAACGUUGAGCUUUUAUUCUUGGUUAUUGAUGAAAUUUUCUUGUCCGAUAAAAGAGUACCUACUCUUGUUGAAGAUUUUAUUUUCCAAUCUAUUGUGUCGUCAGAAGAUACUGUGUUCAAAGCAAAAUACUUGGAGAAUUGUACCAAAUUUAUUCUGAAACCAGAAUCUCAUUUAGGUGCCAAAAUCUUCAUCUUAAAGAAGGUAUUCAACUCUAUCAUUUUGUUUGAAAUAAAGAGAAGUGGCGGACUUGACGCUUUCUUCAAAGGUAAGAAAUCGCCAGUUUGGUUGAAAUCCUUUUGUGAAGACAUCUGGAGAUCCACUAAUGAUAUUAUCACGAGCCAUACUUCCGGAAGACUCGAUAGAUAUAGAUUCCAACUUUUGGAAGCUACUGCAAUAUUGAUUAAGUGGGGAUCGCAUCACAUCAGUGAAUACAGAAAGGACAUCAUCAAGUUCAGUUGGAAUUACAUUAAGUUGGAGGAUAAUAUCACUAAGCAAGUUGCCUAUGUGACAACCUCUUAUUUUAUUUCGGCUUAUGAGACUCCAAGUAAGCUUGCUACCCAGGUCUUCGUGGCUCUUCUUCGUACGCAUCAAACGGACUCCAGACAUCUCGUCAAACAAGCAUUGGAUAUCCUUGCUCCAGUAAUGCCAGAAAGAGUCGAAGGAGAUACAAGUUUAAGCUGGUUGAAGUGGCCUCGAAGAGUUAUAUCAGAGGAUGGAUUCAAUGUGACUCAAGUGCUCAAUGUGUACCAGUUCAUUGUUCAACAUCCAGAUAUCUUUUUUGUUGCUAGAGAACAUUUCAUUUCCAACAUCAUCACUGCAAUGGGUAAAUUGACGAUUUUAGCUAACCCUGCUGUUGAGAAUCAAGUGUUGGCUAUUGAAUUGGCCGAGUUGAUCUUGAACUGGGAGGAGAAGGCGAGGUUAGAAGACACUUCCGUGGAAGAGUCAGAUGAGUCAGACGAGGACAAGCAAGUCAGUGCAGAUGACUUCACGACAUCUCCAAACUAUAAAGCGCCUUUGGGUCAAAAAGAAGCUUGUGUAACUUUCUUGAUCAGAUAUGUUUGUAUCAGUCCCCAAAGAGCAUCUGAAAGCGAACUUGGCCAAAGAGCUUUGGGUAUUUUAAGCGACCUCUUAAGUCCUAAACACUGGAAUGAAGUUUCCGUCAAGUUGAGCUUCUUCGAAAAGUUCUUACUUUCUAAUGACUUAAAUUCUUCUAACUUGUUGGGAUAUUGCUUAAAUGCCUUGGAAGUGUUGGGUGUUGUUUUAGAAUGGAAGACUUCGGAAUGGAUAUUGAAAAAUAUUGCUUACUUCCACAAGUUACUUGAGAAGUGUAUUAAAUCCGACAAUCACGAUAUCCAAGAAGCUCUCCAAAGAGUUUUGAGAACCAUUUUGCAAGCCAUUAAUGAUGAGCAAAAGGUCGAAUUAUCUGAGGAUAUGGACACCGAGGUUAAGGAAUUCGUGGAUUUGUUAGCUACCACUGUUGCUGAGGAUUUGAACGAAAUGCCAUCGGUUGCUGCUGGAGUCACAUUAUCAUGGACUUUGGCUAACUACAUGCCCAAUACUUUGGAUCCUCUUUUGCCUCUUAUAAUGAGAACAUUCAGCAAGUUGUGCAAAGAUCACAUCACCAUAACUCACCAGGGUUCCCAGUCAUCAUCAUCCGGCGAUUCAUCUACUGAAUCUGAAGCAAAAAUGACUACCAGGUUGUUGGAAAGAAUAUUAAACUUGUCGUCAAUGAGAAUAUCCAGCUUAGGUGACCAGAGACGUAUUUUCCUUUCCUUACUUGCCCAAUUAAUUGAAAGGUCUUUGGACAAGGACACCUUGGAGAAAAUCAUCAAAAUCGUCAAGGGAUGGGUGUUUUCUCAUACAGAUUUGUUUCCUACCACCAAAGAAAAGGCUGCAAUCUUGGCGAAGAUGAUGGUGUUUGAAAUCAGAGGUGAACCAACCCUUUCGAAAGAGUUCUAUCAAAUAAUUGUGGAUAUCUUUGAAGAUGAUGCAUUUAGCAAUACCGAACUUACUGUGCGUAUGGAACAGCCAUUCUUGGUGGGAACCAGAUCUACUGACGUCUCUAUUCGUCGUAAGUUGAUGUCCUUGUUGAACAAGAGUUUGGAAAAGGAUAUUAACAAGAGAUUGUACUACGUGAUUCGUGAACAGAAUUGGGAAUAUUUGGCCGACUACCCGUGGUUGAACCAAGCCUUACAAUUGCUUUAUGGUUCUUUCGAUAGCGAGAAGAAAUUGGAAGUUGUUGCCGAUGAGUAUAAGAUGGCACCUUUGGAUUCAUUCCCCUUCACUGUUGAUAAUGAAAUGGAGGUGGAUCUGAGUGAAGCCUUAACUGAUAUUUUGAGUAAGCACAAUGAGUUUUUGAGUGAAAUCUCUCAGUUGCAAGCUGGUGAAGUCUUGGAACCUUUGAUUGAUAUGUUCUAUCAAAGCAGUGAAUCUGUACACAAAGCAUGGUCCACUGUGUUCCCAGUUGCUUUUGAAUCCAUUGCCAGAUCCGAACAUCUUGACUUCACCAGAUUUUUGGUUGUGUUACUUUCUAAGGAUUAUCACACUCGCCAAAUAGACAGCAGACCUAACGUUGUUCAGUCUUUGUUGGAAGGUAUUUCGAAAUGCAAAGAACUUCAAUUGCCCCCAUUCGCUGUUGAAUGUCUAGCUGCAAACUUCAAUGCCUGGGCUCAUGGAAUUCACAUUUUGGAAAACAUUGAAGAACAAUCGGUCAAUGGAAAUGCUGAAGUUCGUGAAGUUACACAGGAUGCCUUGGCCAAGUUGUUCGCUACUUUAAAGGAAGACGAUAUGUUCUAUGGAUUGUGGAGAAGAAGAGCCAAGUACUCAGAAACCAUCUCGGCUCUAUCUUUUGAACAGAUUGGUCUUUGGGAUAAAGCUCAGCAAUUGUACGAAGCUGCUCAAAUCAAGGCAAGAAGUGGUGCACUUCCUUAUGGAGAAUCCGAAUACGCUCUUUGGGAAGAUCAUUGGAUCUUAUGUACCGAAAAGCUUCAACAUUGGGAUAUUCUCACUGAACUUGCUAAACAUGAAGGAUUUUCUGAUCUUCUUUUAGAAUGCGGUUGGAGAGUAGCUGAUUGGAACGCUGACAGGGAGACAUUGGAACAGACUGUCAAAAGUGUCAUGGAUGUUCCAACUCCCAGAAGACAAGUGUUUGAAACCUUUCUUUGCUUACAAGGCUUUGGACAGCAAAGACAAACUUUGCAAGAUUUGUCCAGAUUGUGUGAUGAGGGCAUUCAAUUGGCUCUCAGGAAAUGGCACGGUUUACCUUCAAAGUUCAAUAAUGCCCAUAUUCCUCUUUUGCACACAUUUCAACAGUACGUGGAAUUUAUGGAGGCAAGUCAGGUUUAUGCUAGUCUUGUUUCUACCAAUGCCCAAAACUUGGAUGUGAAGUCACAAGACUUGAAGAGAGUGUUACAAGUCUGGCGUGAAAGAUUACCAAACAUUUGGGAUGACAUUAAUAUCUGGAAUGAUUUGAUCACUUGGAGACAACAUGCCUUCCUGGUAAUCAAUGAAGUAUACAUGCCAUUUAUUCCAGUUCUUCAACAAGCAAAUACUGGAAGUAAUGCUAAUUCGUAUGCUUAUAGAGGUUUCCAUGAAAUUGCUUGGGUUAUCAACAGAUUUGCCCAUGUAGCUAGAAAGCAUGGAAUGGCUGAAGUUUGUAUCAGCCAGUUGACCAAGAUUUACCAACUUCCAAAUAUUGAAAUUCAAGAAGCCUUUUUGAAGUUGAAGGAACAAGUUAAAUGCCACUAUCAAAAUCCAAAUGAGUUGAACACUGGCUUGGAUGUCAUUAGUAACACUAACUUGGUAUAUUUUGCAACUCAACAAAAAGCUGAAUUCUUCACAUUGAAGGGUAUGUUUUUGAACAAGUUAAAUCAGAAGGAUGAAUCCAAUAAGGCUUUUGCUACGUCGGUGCAGAUUGAUCUCAACCUUCCAAAGGCAUGGGCUGAAUGGGGUGCUUUCAAUGAUCGUAGAUUCAAAGAGAAUCCAAACGAUAUGGUGUAUGCUAACAACGCCAUCAGCUGUUACUUACAAGCUGCUGGAUUGUACAAGAAUGGUAAAACCAGAAAACUUCUUACCAGAGUUCUUUGGCUUAUUAGUUUGGACGACAAUUCGGGCACUUUGACUCAAGCGUUUGAAAACUUCAAGGGUGAAGUUCCAGUUUGGUACUGGAUCACCUUUAUUCCCCAAUUGCUUUCGGCGUUGUCUCACAAGGAAGCAGGAUUAGCAAGACAAGUUCUUAUUAGAAUUGCCAAGAGUUAUCCACAAGCCUUACAUUUCCAUCUACGUACUACUAAGGAAGACUUUGCUGCUAAGCAAAGACAAAAGUCAUGGGAACAUGUUGACGAGAUUAUGGGAAUCCUCAAGACGGCUUACCCUCUUCUUGCACUUUCAUUGGAAUCGCUUGUUGAUCAGAUCAAUCAACGUUUCAAGUGUACUGCCGACGAAGAUGCUUAUAGAUUGAGUGUUGCUUUGCUUAACGAUGGUGUUCAAUACCUCAACAGACUUGGAAACCCUAGAGAUGAUGCCAAGUUACCCCCUGUCACAGAGGCCAACAUAACUAGAUUUGCUGAGACUGUUCUUCCUAAACAAAUCAGAACCGAAUUCGAAAAGGAUCUCGUUGUGGAGAAGCCAAACCUUGAAACUUAUAUCAUGAAGUUACGCAAAUGGCGUGAUAGAUUGGAAGACAAGCUUGACAGAAGAUUCCAAGAGGUUAACCUUGAAAACUUGUGUCCUCAUUUGAGCGAGUUCCAUCAUCAGAAAUUCGAAGACAUUGAAGUCCCUGGCCAAUACCUUUUGAACAAGGAUAAUAACACUCAUUUCGUGAAGAUUGACAGAUUUUUGUCAACUAUUGAUUUGGUGAGAGGCACAAAUGCUUGCUAUAAGCGUUUGAGAAUUAGAGGCCAUGAUGGUAGCGAGCAUAUUUUUGGAAUUCAAUUUCCUGCUGCUCGUCAUUGCAGAAGAGAAGAGUCACUUUUCCAGUUGUUCCGUAUUUUUGGUGAUACUUUAUCGAGAAAGGUUGAAACGAGACGUCGUAACAUCCUGUUCACAUUGCCAAUUGCGGUACCACUCUCUCCACAUAUUCGUAUUAUCAAUGAUGACCCAGCGGAUAUUUCUCUUCAAAAGAUUUAUGAAGACUACUGUCAUCGUAACGGUAAGAAUCGUGACGAACCUUUCAUUUACACUAUUGAGAAAUUGAGAGCUGCCUUUGAUCCUCGUUUACCAAAACCUGAAAUAAUGAGUAUCCGGGUGGAGAUUUUGAGUUCCAUUCAAACUCUUUUGGUACCAUCCAAUGUUUUGAAGAACUACUUUGUCGAUAACUAUCCACUCUUUGAAGAUUUCUGGUUAUUCCGUAAACAGUUCACAUCACAGUAUGCUUCAUUUAUCUUCAUCACUUAUAUGAUGUGCGUGAACACCAGACAACCUCAAAAGAUUCAUGUGAAUAGAAAGUCUGGUAAUGUUUGGACUUCGGACAUGCUUCCUUGCAAGAUUGCCAGCAAGAAUGCUUCAUUGGACGCUUCUCAAGGUCAAAGAGCAGCCCCAUUAUUCUAUAAUGCUGAAUUAGUUCCAUUCCGUCUUACUCCAAAUAUUCAGAAAUUAAUUGGUGAAACCGGUUUGGAAGGUAUCCUUUCGGUUUAUAUCUUGGCUAUUGCGAGAGCAUUAACCGAACCAGAAUCAGACUUGGAGCAAUACUUGACCUUAUUUGUUCGUGAUGAGGUUAUCUCUUGGUCCAGUCAACAAGACCCUCCACGACCAGUUCCUAAAGACAAGCAGUUAAGAGAAAUUGUUCGAGUGAAUGUUGACAUUAUUAUCAAGAGAGUUCUCUCUGUGGGUCACAUCUCUUCAGGUCCUACGGUUGCAACCCAAAAUGUAUUGGAAUUAAUCUCCCAAGCAGUCAACCCAAGAAAUUUGGCUGCUGCUGAUACUUUAUGGAUGGCAUACUUUUAAGUGUGUCUCUAUUUCGUUUCAUUUUCAGCAAAUUUUUGUAUAUUUAAGCUUAUAGCUAAUGUAAAUAUUAUUGAUUAGGCACGGUAUAGUUUUAUCUCUGUUUGAAAAAACUGCUGACAGACUUCUUCAACUGUUUCAAAACAUCCCUUGUCAUCAGUUUGACGACUGAUACCGUUCAUGAGGUAGAAUAAUGCCCGGUGAGACAUGAAGGCAGUGACACUUACCAAAAGAAAGCUUAAACAAUGGUUAAACAUAAUGAAGCAAGUAACAAACUGCAUAUACACCGUUACAUCAACCUUUUUCGUCAAGGAAGUUACUGAAUCGGAUUCCAUCAUGAACAUGGACUCUAUGUUCAAGACAAUAACGGUAGCUCCUAUCCACUCCAUCAUAGAAAUACCCUGGCAAGCAGCUGACCCAAUCGAGUACCAGAACGAGGUAUACGUAGGAAUUCUGCCUCCUAUAGGAAACAUCGCACAACAAAUUGAAAACUGGUGGUGUUAAUAAGCAUCUAGUGAACUUGGGACACAAGGAGAUAAAACAUACACUAAUUAAAUCAAAAGCGGAAAAAGCCAGCACUAUCAUUGGUCUAUUGGUGACAAAUUCAAAUGGACGGUAAAAGUACACACC